AUGAAAUCAUUUAAAAAAUCUUAUGAAUUCGAUUAUCCAUGGGAAAAAGUAACCACGGCAAAUUGGAUGAAAUAUCCAAACAAGGUUUCUACACACGUCAUCGCAGUCGACGUUCUUCGCCGUGAACUCAAAGAAGAUGGUAAUGUACUACUCACAGAAAGACUGAUAACCAUUCGUCAAGCCACCCCUCGUUGGAUGUCCAUUUUAGUGGGGAAUACCAACCUAGCAUACGUGCGAGAAGUCUCUAUCAUUGACAGAAGAGACAGGUCCCUCACUAUGAGAAGUUGUAAUAUGACUUUCCCGCACAUUUUGAAGUGCUACGAAACUGUAAGUUACGUUCCUCAUCCAAAAAAUCCACUGAACAUAACUCUUUUCAAGCAAGAUGCAAAAUUCAUAUCCAAUGUUCCCACCAAAAUUUUUAGUGAGAAAGUAGAAAACUGGGGCGUUAAACGAUUUAGUGACAACGCAAUGAAGGGUAAAGUCGGGUUUGACAGCAUUUUGGCGAUGUUCAACGAUAUCUGGAAAAAAGGUAACGAAUAA